AAAGUUACAAAACCAGCCGGGAGGGCCCAAAUAAACAAAGUUAUCUUAAGUUCUUAACAAAUAAAAUGGAGUGCCCUGUGCCCAAAUAUUUAUAAUUUUUAUACCUGAUUCCCGAACCUCAGAACCUGAUACGGUGAGGUGAGCAGUUGAGACUUGAGAGAGGCGGAGAGCAGAGACUAGAGAGAAAGGAUACUGAAAAGGGCAUCCUGUGCAUCACUAUUUGAAAUGGCAGAUCCUUCAUUUUUUGAUCGAAUGAUCACCCAUUUCCGUGCAACGUGCAAGUAUUAUACUGGUUAUCCAAAGGAUCUUGGGCCAUCACGGGUUAUUCAUUUUACAUCGGAGCGAGAGUUUGUUCAACUCCUUCAUGAAGGUUAUCCUGUAGUUGUGGCUUUUACCAUCAGGGGUAAUUACACAAAACAUCUUGACAAAAUGCUAGAGGAAGCUUCAGCUGAAUUUUAUCCGCAUGUUAAAUUUAUGCGUGUUGAGUGUCCAAAAUAUCCUGGGUUCUGCAUUACACGGCAGAGGAAGGAAUAUCCAUUCAUUGAAAUUUUUCAUAGUCCAGAACAGGCAUCAAACCAGGGCAGGGUGGCUGAUCCAAAUAUUACAAAGUACGCUGUGAAGGUUCUACCUUUCAAUUAUGACCUCAGUGCCUAUGGAUUUAGAGAAUUCUUCAAGCGCUAUGGAAUAUGGUCAACAGAGCCGAAGUAAAAAUCAGCACUCAGAGGUAGACCGAUGAGGCAUUUAGUAACAUAUUAGGGCCGACACUACCAUAUUUACCACUUUCAAAUCAUGGACUUGUUCACCCUGGCGACGUCAGUUGGCCGUUGGACAUUGACUUGGGUUCCACUGGUGAGCCUAUUCAAGAUGAACUACAAUGAUCGAAGUAUGUGCCAGCCACUAUACACAUGAUUGAUGUAGAUUGAGAAAUGGGACAUCUUGUUAUGGUCAGAGAGUAUGUUAGUUGGGCGAUGGGGGAAAAGCGCGUGGCUUUUAAUCACGUGGUCGUGGGUUUGAUCCCCACAGACGGCGUUCUCAUUUAUUUAUAAUUAUCAUUUUACCUAUAAUAAAAAAAAGGGAGAAUCACAGUGGUGCGGUGAUGUCGGCAUUUUGUAUUAGCGUAUUUUUUGGGUUACAAGGAUGGCUUGCAAUAUUGAUUGGGUGUUUUGUCCUUUUGGGGGACUUUGGGACCCAUACAUUGUGAGGAAGAGGCCUCAUGAAAUUGUAUCAUAAGAUACUUUUUCGUUCUAAGAAUUUAAUGUAAUUUGAUGCAUUCCUUUGAGUAGGAAUAUAUAAAUGGGAUUUGAACACCAUAAGGAAUUUGAUA